AUGAGUUCCACACUCGACUCGUUCAUGUCUUACCUUCGGGUGCCCCUGAUCGCGUCGUCUGGAAUUGCAGCAUUGCUCAGCGGGGUCCUCUACUUCAAGCAGAACGAGAUUAUAUAUCCCAGGAACAUACCUCCAGAUGCACGCACGAACGUCCCGCGUCCAUCGCAAUUUGGCAUUACGGACUUUGAGGAGCUCAUGAUUCCGACCCCCGACGGUGAAUCCCUCAGUGCCUUCUAUCUUCGAGCGAACAAACAGCAUGCUCGCAACGUAACCAUUCUCAUGUUCCAUGGAAAUGCAGGUAACAUUGGCUACCGGCUUCCUAUUGCGAGGAUUCUCGAGAACGACCUUGGGUGCAAUGUUUUGAUGUUGCAGUAUCGAGGCUAUGGCUUGUCGUCUGGGACGCCUAAUGAGAAGGGACUUAUGAUCGAUGCUCAGACUGGGCUGGAUUAUAUAAGACAGAGAUCUGAACUCCGCGGAACCCGAAUUGUGCUCUACGGGCAAAGUUUGGGAGGAGCUGUGAGCAUCGCAUUAGUUGCAAGAAACCAGACGCAAGGCGACAUUACGGGAAUGAUACUAGAGAAUACGUUCACGUCUAUCCGAAAGCUGAUACCUAGUGCUUUUCCACCUGCUAAAUAUCUUGCGCCACUCUGCCAUCAGGUGUGGCCAAGUGAAGAGACGCUCCCUCAGAUAACUGGCAUUCCAAUUCUGUUCCUCAGUGGUCUUCAAGAUGAGAUAGUCCCACCAUCACACAUGGCGCAACUUUACAGGGUUUGCCGAUCCGAAACAAAGAUCUGGAAAGAGCUUCCACAAGGAAGUCACAACGACACAGUCGCAGAGCCAGGCUACUUCGCAUACAUCGACGACUUCAUCUCAGAGCACGCAGCUCGCGGAAACGGCACUUGCCGUAAAAUCUGA